UGUUUGUUUUCUUUUUUCUAACCUAACAAUGCGUGGUAAGGUAAAUAAUAUCUAUAUUCUAUAAGUUUAAACAUUCAGUUUAACGUAUAAUUGUACAAUGAAUCAUUUAGAGGUUUUUAAAUUCUGUAAAAAUCUUGGCUGUUGUGAUAUAUGCUGUAUUCGUUACAUGGGAUACAAGAAAUAUAGUGUUUACGAAAAUUCUAAAACAUUUGUAGAACAGUUUCAAGAUGCAGCUAAGAACAAAACUCUACAUAAUAAGGAUAGUAUAGUUACUAGUGAAACUACUAUAGCUCAAAAUAAUGAGACAGAUACAGAAACAAUCAAUGUUUCAAAUCAUAUUUUGGAUAGAAAUGAAUCUGAAAAACAUGAAACCAUAAAUGUUGUUGAUAAGAUAAUAGAAAAUUAUGAAGAAAAAAGAGAAACUCCACCAAGUAAGAAACGUAGAUUGGAUGUAUGUGUAAGCUGUCUUGGAGUGUUGCAAGAAGAAUUUUGGAGAGAUACAUUUGUAGAUAUCAAAGAUAUGAUUUUAAAGAAGGGUUAUGAAUGCAAAACCUACACUUGUGGUCUCUCUGCUCCCAUAUCAACUAUUUUAAGAGAGAAGAUAAUAACAUUAAAAAUUGUUGAAGCAUUUCCAGAAUAUGAUCCUACUAUAUACACACAGCUCAAGGAUGCAUGGAAAAUGUCCUUUAGACCUAAAGUCGCUGAUGUUAUUGACAAGUCAUUUGAUUUGGACUCACCAUUGCUCAUUAUGGUACAUUUGGAUUAUCCAGAUGAUUUACAGGAGUUGGAAGUAUUAAAGAAAGUUAACCCAGGUCUAUUUGAAAACCGUAAUAAAUAUAAGAGGAGAUUUCCUACAGAAUUCACGAGGCAGUCAGUUGAACAGGCUCUAGAAGAUGUCAAGCUCUCAAACUUAAUGUCUUCAGGUGCACAAUUAACAGUGUUAGGUCACGCGCAGUGUGUUAGUGUUGUAGGUGCGCAUGCGCCGGUCUAUUUGGGAGGCAGAUAUAUAAAAUUAAGCAGAAAUCUACCACAAACGCCGUGGAUUUUGAAGAACGUGAGAGUUCUACCGAAUUCAGUGGAAGAAAUAAUAUUUGAGCCUCUCGCGAAACUAUUAAAUUUGUCUGACUCUGAUGUGGAGACCCGUUUAAAAUUUAUAUCGGCUGGAAGAGAAGACGUUGACGUGAGAUGUUUGGGCGAUGGAAGACCGUUUGCUAUCGAAAUUUCAGAUCCAAUAAGGCAACUUACUAGUGAGGAAUUAAAUGGUGCAUGCGCUGAAGUGUCCAAGAGUGGUGACGUAAUUGUGAAAUUUUUGACAUACUUGUCCAAAGACGAUUUAAUUCAGUUAAAAAAAGGUGAAGAAACAAAAUGUAAGACUUACGAGGCGUUAUGCAUCAAACUGACACACUCCAAGUUUGACGACAAUAUCACAGAAUCCGUAACAGUAACCCAAGAAGAUAUAGACUACAUAAACAAAUAUCGCAAUACGGACAUGGAAGACCCCGUUCGGGUCCAAAUCACUCAAAAAACCCCAAUUCGAGUGUUACAUAGACGACCUUUACUCACAAGAAAAAGAGAGAUCCUGGACCUACAGGCCAGGAUUGUGCCAGACCAGCCCCAACUUUUUCUUCUCUCAAUUCGUACGUCAGCGGGAACGUACGUUAAGGAGUACGUACACGGCGAACUGGCUCGUACGCAUCCGUCUCUUUCGCACGCGUUGAACGCCGAUAUCGAUCUUCUGGCUUUAGACGUGACCCAAGUGCAUUUAGAAUGGCCUCCAAAAUAAAAUUAUGUUUGAAA